AUGGCCAAGGAACAGGUGACUAAGCAGCAGGCAGGCCGGGGCCACCGGUCGCGGGAGGCCAGGUCGGGGAUGCAGGGGCCUCCCCCUCCCCAUGCCACCUGCGUGCUGGGCGCCCACCCUAUGCCUGGCCUCAGGCUGGAAGCACGCCGGACUCUCCUGCUGCUGACCCCGCAGAGGCUUGGCCGGGCAGGGGCGCACGGUCCGGGCCGUUUGCCUGCUGUGCGGCUAGGCGCUGGGUGUCGGAGUGACCCGGCGGUGCCUGCUCCUGCCUUCCCAUCCUUCCACCUUCCGGGUCCCAGCUCAGACAGCCAAAGCUGCCAGGCUCGGCCAUGGGCCAUGCGCACAAACGCCCAACGCCUCACCAGACCCCGGAGCCGCCGCGCGCGCGGACAGGCGCCCUGGCAAGCCGAUGGUGCCUGCUCUGAGCGCAGAGGGCCGGCGGUGCCCGUCCACUCCCCGGACAGGGAGGCUCCUCCCGUGCCCAGCCAGCCCUGGAACUGCGCCUCCGCCAUCCCCCGCCUCUCCCUGCCCCUCCUCCCGUGCCACGAGGAGGCUCUGGGGCCCUCUCGACCAGAACCCCUGGACGUCAGCUGGACAGGCCCUCGGGCUGGCAGCACCCCUAGUGUGGCCCUCAGAGCCAGCCUGAACCACCUCAAUCUGCCCCUGCUGCUGCCGCCGCCCACGCAGUGGCCCCCAAUCCCAGGUCCCGAUGGGGACGGGGCCCCAGACAAACCUCUCAAGGACCAGGGGAUGUCUCGAGUCCCGGGGGGCUUUGAGUGCACCCACUGCCACAGGCCCUACCACACACCCGCCGGCCUAGCCAGGCACCAGCAACUGCACUGCCACCUGCCGGCCGGGCGCCCCUUCACCUGCAGGUACUGUGACAAGGUGUACGCCAGCCUGGGCGCCCUCAAGAUGCACAUCCGCACCCACACCCUGCCCUGCAUCUGCAAGGUCUGCGGCAAAGCCUUCUCCAGGCCCUGGCUGCUCCAGGGCCACGCGCGCACCCACACAG